GUGGAGGAUGCCUGGGAUUUCCAGCUGCAGGAGACCCCUUGUCGACUGGGCGUCCGGGAGGUUCCCCACAUCGAGCGCUGCCUCGCAGGCAGUUGGAUUGUCUUGAUUGGAGCAUCGCAAGCCUCCGUGUGGACACAGCAGCUGGCAAAUCUUCUCGCCCCUGGUGCCCUGGACUCUUUGCGGGAUGACUUUGUGUCAGAUGGAGUCUACUUGCACCUUGUUGAUCUGAUCAUCGAAGAUGGGAGGGUAGUGCACAAGGUGGUGGGGUUCGAGGGUGGGCACGAAGUCGAAGACCACCGAGGUGCACACUCGGACGCACGCGAUGCUGUGGAGUUGCCUCGGGUGUAUGCUCGACUGGCAGAGGCGCCUCUCUACAACCACAGCUCUGGCCAGAUCCGUGUGACCCAUCUCAUUGCCGAGUACUGGGAUGAAGCGGAGAGCGGGUUGGUGGCGCUUGACAUGGUCUCGACAGGAGGCUGGAAAGAGAGCCCGAUAUUUCUGAUCGUGGGAGUGGGCCUUUGGUAUGGCUACGCCAAGGGCUGUGCCCUCGACUGGUGUGACACCAGGCCCAGCAUUGCGGGCUUGGGCCUUGAAGCCAUCCUCGCAGUAUUCACGGAGGGAAUGCAAAGGAUGGCACAGAGGCUGCAGACAUUCUGCAAUUCUGGGCGUGCUGCUUUGCAUGGGUGUACCGUGACAUCGAUCGAGUACUGCAGCGAGUUGUACCAGAACACAGUCUACGUCCACCUUCAUCAAGCUAUGAAGCGGGAGUUCAGACCGUAUGUUUCGAAAAAUGUCCGCUACUUCGACAUGUGGGAAUUCCUGGAGCAGGUCCCUGAAGACUGCCUCUUCGGCCAUAUGUCUCCUGCAUCCGCGAGCUUUAUGAUCCAAGCUGUGCUUCAGAGUGUUUGUCCGGCAGACGACGUCGCUGAUGCCACGCUCAUCGCUUUUGUCGGGAAGGCAUGCAGAUCACGGCAGAUUGUGCCCUACUGCCCUGGGAUGUCCUGCGGUGGCUACAUGUAUACCUGGGACUAUGCCCUGGCACAGAACUGCAAGUUGGUGGCUGCAGUUGAUCCAGAGCUCGAAGAAAGAGGAUACCAGCCCGCGCUUGGUCCAGCACUUGCCUCUUCUUGGAUGCUGAGCGCCGAUGCUGAAGCGAUAGAGGCCGCCACAACGACCACCACCACCACUACUGAAGCCACAACCACAGGGCUUCGCAAUGACACCGUGCUCCAGACCACGACUCACCGGAGUCAGGCAGCAGCCAAACGUGAGUUUUGGCCUGAAGGUCGACAAGGCCUACAGCCUGGCCUCAGCAUUCCGACCUCCAGCAGUUUCAUGUUCUGGGAGAAGUUGGUUGGUGUGAGACAGGACCCAAUUUUGGCUCAGUGGGUGUUUUCAUCGCUCCUGCUUGCAGCCGCUGUCUUGAUUGCCCGCUAUGCACGGCCUUGCAUGAAGGCAGUGAAGGUAGAUGAGAUGUUGGACCCAAUUCUGCCCUUCAAGGUUGGCGAGGAUCUGGAGGAGCCACCUGCAGCUUGGUGGUCGGAGGACUGGGGAGCAGGUUCCCCGAAGGUGGCACCGCGCCUGUCCAGGGGGGACGGCACGGCACCGUCUCCGGACGCCAGUGACGACAUGGAUUCCGAGCAGCGGCUCCUCAACAGCCCCACUUCAUCUGCGGUUCUGACCAGUCCCAGUCCGAAAGUUGGACCAAACUCGUGCGGUGAGAUGGUCUUUCGAAUGCCGCCGAAGGGCGAUCGCUACUCUUUCGGCUUAGCCCGAUACUUGGCAUCCCUCCAUGUCGUCCUGGGCCACCUCAACGCUCGGGGCCAGACGAUGGAUGUGUACAUGUGCAACUGGGGGUUCACCUGGGUGCCUUGGUUCUUCAUGCUCUCGGGAUUCAUCCUUGGCACCGCGGAGAUGAAAAACCCGCGGAAGGAGCAGCCUUACGAGUAUGUUGCCAGACGAUUCGUCACAAUCUAUCCUGUCUAUGCUGUGAGCCUUCUCAUUGCGAGCAUUCCUGCCGUGAUCUCUGGGACGCUGCCAAGUGGUUGGGUACUGCUCAUGCAGGCUUGGCUGAUGCAAGCAUGGGUGCCUACCAUCACGGAGAAAGGCUUGCAAAUGCAGUGUUGGUUCCUGUCCUGCCUCGUUGUGUACUGGACUUGCUUCCCAACUUUCGCCAGGAGAGUAUCCCACAUUCAAUUGCAAGAGGUUCUGCUUGGAAUGGCUGCAUUGUGCAGCUUUCCUGUGCUUUACAUGUUAAUACCCGACCUCUUCUACGGGACCACUAACUGGUACGAGUACCACAGCUGGGGAAAGAUGCGUAAUGCGACGGACAUCAUUGUCAUCGUGAUAAAGUUUCAUCCCAUUUGCUACCUGCAUGUUUUCCUCCUGGGGAUGCUGCUGGCACGCUUGCGGCUGCUCUUGUCCGAAGAGAUGGCUUCGGAGAUGCGAACGGCACUAGCUCUCCUGCUCGACCUCUUGGCUCCAGUGGGAUACUUCGGUCUCCUCCUGGUCUUCAAUGUACCUGCUGCGAGUCCUCCGUAUGCGAAGCUGUCGGCCCGGAUCCUCGUUCUGCUUCCGCUGCAGGCUGCGAUUCUGCUUGGCCUGGCUGGUCUCGAAGGCUUCCCACAGCCGAAGCUUGCGAAGUGGGUCUCUGGCUUCAAUUUCCUGGAGUCUUACUCGUAUUGCGUCUACGUGAUGCAGUUUAUCUGCAUGAAGCUUUGGGCUGGCGAGGAGUUUUCUGUGCCCUUCUUCAUGUACUUGAUUGCCAUUGCAACGCUGAUGCAGGUUUUUGUGCAACGACCCGCGGAAGUGUUGUGGAAGAUCUCUCCCCUGAAGGCAGCCUGGAUGGCUCCAGCGGGCAUUUCAAUGGUGUUGCUUCUGAUUUGGCUGGGCGGUUGUCUUUUACCGGCUCCUACGGUCGAGGUAGACCUGCCUGCGAAGAUCCAUCAAGACGGGCUUCUUGAUGUCCGGCUCCCUUUGGUGAUGAGUGACAAGGACAUGCGUGCCACAGGUGGUGGGGCUUUUAUCAACCCGUCCAUCGCCGUGUCUCCAGAUGGAAACCGGCUGAUCAUCGCGGCGCGCCUUCACAGGCGCUCAUCCAGACUUCUCCGCGAAAGCAGCAAAAGCAUCGGGAACCAGAGCAACAUCACAAACAACGCGACCAUGCACGACUACGAGGCAGUGCUGGAGGAGAUCUGGCACUCGCAGAUCGUCGUCGGAACCGCGAGGAUGGCUGCCGAGGAUUGGAGAAGGUUCUUCAGCAGCGGCCAACUCCCCGCCAACGGGACGACAUUGCGACCGUGGAGCGGUCUCCGCAUGGAAGAUGGCAAGAGCUGGACAUAUCCAAACUUGUGUGAGCGGCAGAAGUAUGUUCCGGAGAACAAGACUCUCAUAAGGCUUGUGGUGACAGGCCCAGAGGAUCCGAAGGUGAUCCCCUUGAUGCAGGGCUAUUGCGACAAGUCAAGUGCCGAUUGCAGCACUCCGCGUGAACCAGGAGACCCAUGUGGCUCCUCACGUGACCAUUGCCGCAACUGCCAUUCCAGAUGGUGCUCUUCGGAAGAGGUGCAAAUCGCUUUCAGCUCCUACACGCCCAAGGCAGGCAAAGACUGCAAGCGGCGAGAUGUGAUGCAGAUGUUUCUGGCUUCAGGUGUAGAUGCAAAGGCAGUGGAUAAGGUGUCGCAAGGCCUCCACUUGAAAUGCGGACAAUGGAACCACAACGAGAAGAAUUGGAUCCCUUUUCAGCGCAAUAGCCGCACAUAUGUGGUCUACUCUCUAGUUCCCCAUCUUGUCCACGAGCUGGUCCACGACGGGCAAGGCACCUGUGGGUCACAGUUUCGUACCCUCUUCCCACCACUGGCGCAGAUGCAGGAGAAGGACCUCGACAAGGCCUAUCGAGGAUCUGGUCAAGCCGUUCAUGUAGAUGCGUCUGCAGCAAGAGCAGCGAAUUUGACCCUACGGCAGUCGCACUUCCUGGCUUUGUUCCACGUGGCAGACUUGAAGGUCCGCCGCUACUGGCAUUAUGCCUAUCGGUUUUCUCCCGAUCCACCUUUCCAGAUUUUGCAGGUCUCCAAGGCUUUGCCUCUGCAAGAGCUACCACCGCGGCCGUUCGCUCCUCGCUUUGCCUUCGCCAGUGGCCUUGCAGUUCAUGGCCAUCAGGUGACUAUUGCGUAUGCAGCUGGAGACCGUGAGCCAAGGGCCCUGUCAAUGACACUCUCCAGGCUAGAUGAAUUCUUUGCCUAG